CAACAAUUCAUCAUGCAAAUCCGCUUGGCCCAGCUGCGCAGCUUCAGCGGCGUCAGCUGAGGCAGCGGUGUUCUCUCUCAAGGUGAACGACAUAAACAGCGUGGGAGCGAGAGAGAGAGAGUGCGCGGCAGUAAGCAAGCAGUGAGAGCCAAGGGAAGCCGCAGACGACUGCAUUAGCCAAGCGACUUGCAUGCGACUUUAACGGCACUGCAUUCGCGUUUCAGCUGCACAGACGAGCAGAGCGAAACGCGCAAAGAACGCGCUACGAUCGCGGGCGACUUAUCAUACGAAAGCAAACCCAUUCGCUGAACUUUAAACGAGUUAGAGCCAAUUAUUUUUUUGUGAUUUUAUUUUGGAAUUCUUUGAUUUGUUAAAGCCAAAGCCAGACGCGAUUUGAAUGCGUUUUUUACCAUAAAAGCCAAGCAAAGGAGGACCAUGUGCAGCCGGAAAUGCUUCCGAAUGCCCACCCUUGUCAUCUGCGGCGUCGUGCUGACCAUCAUACUGGUCUGCAUAACGGGCAUCACAUUAACGAAUAGCAUUAACAUUUCGAACAUCGUCAAGCUGAGGGAAAAAGUCGCAAGCGAUUCGGCGGCGGCCAAUGGCGGCCACCAGGCGGCACAGACACGCGCCGCCCUCGUCGAGCAGCAGUACUCGACGCUGCAGCAGCACCACUUGUCCCGCAGCGAUCUCAACUACAUUCAGGCGGCCACCCAUCCCAAAAACCUCCAGCGUCAGAUGCAGCAGUUGCAGAUGCAACAGCAGCAGCAGCAACAACAACAACAGCAGCAGCAGCAAUCUAACAAAAUUGUCAUUGAAAUCGGCCUAAAUAAUCGGCCAAGCAAUGAGAGCGGUUUAAACAGCGCGAGUGCCGGCGUUUUAAACAGCCCCCGAGCAAGCAGUUCGUCAAGCAGUUCGCCCGGCUAUCCGGAUCCAUACAGUGGCGGGCAAAAUUCUGCGCCACCGAUUCUGCAGGCCGCCGAGGCUCUGAUGGAGGGCAACGUGGACUCCAUAUCCCUGCCGGCUGCGUCGCCGCUGAUGCAGCAGCAGCCCAGCAUGCCCGACGGCAGCAGCGAGGACGAGCACUUCGAGCCGGCAAGCAGUGGCCCGGCAGUAAAUAGAUCUGCCAGCUCUACGACUUCCAUGCCACCGCACCUGAUGGGCAUCGCCGAUCACAACCCCGGGGGCAUACAGUUCGAGAGGCGCGACCACGUCAAGCAGAUGAUGGAGCACGCGUGGCACAACUACAAGCUGUACGCGUGGGGCAAGAACGAGCUGCGUCCCCUGUCGCAACGAGCCCAUGUGGGCAGUAUUUUUGGGUCGUACGACCUGGGGGCCACGAUCGUCGACGGACUGGACACCCUGUACAUCAUGGGACUGGAGAAGGAGUACCGCGAGGGUCGCGACUGGAUCGAACGGAAAUUCUCGCUGGAUAACAUCAGUGCCGAGUUGAGUGUCUUUGAGACGAAUAUCCGCUUCGUGGGCGGCAUGCUCACCCUGUACGCCUUCACGGGGGAUCCACUGUACAAGGAGAAGGCCCAGCACAUUGCCGACAAGCUGCUGCCUGCCUUCCAAACGCCCACGGGCAUACCCUACGCCCUGGUGAACACCAAGACGGGCGUGGCCAAAAACUACGGCUGGGCCUCCGGUGGCAGCUCGAUCCUGUCGGAGUUUGGUACUCUGCACUUGGAGUUCGCCUACCUAAGCGACAUUACCGGGAAUCCACUGUACCGCGAACGCGUGCAGACCAUACGUCAGGUGCUAAAGGAGAUUGAGAAACCAAAGGGACUUUAUCCCAACUUCCUGAACCCCAAGACGGGCAAAUGGGGACAGUUGCACAUGUCAUUGGGCGCCUUGGGCGACAGCUAUUAUGAGUAUCUGCUAAAGGCCUGGCUGCAAUCCGGGCAAACCGACGAAGAGGCCCGGGAGAUGUACGAUGAGGCCAUGUUGGCCAUUAUGGACAAGAUGGUACGAACCAGUCCCAAUGGACUGACCUAUGUCUCGGAUCUGAAGUUCGAUCGGUUGGAGCAUAAAAUGGAUCAUCUGGCCUGCUUCUCGGGUGGCCUGUUCGCCCUGGGAGCAGCCACGCGUCAAAAUGAUCACACAAACAAGUACAUGGAAGUGGGAAAGGGCAUUACCAAUACAUGCCACGAGAGUUACGUGAGAACGCCAACUCAACUGGGUCCCGAGGCUUUCCGCUUCAGUGAUGCCGUGGAGGCACGUGCCCUGCGAUCACAGGAGAAGUACUACAUCCUGCGACCGGAGACCUUUGAGAGCUACUUCGUCCUGUGGCGACUGACGCACGACCAGAAGUACAGGGACUGGGGCUGGGAGGCGGUCCUAGCCCUGGAGAAGCACUGCCGCACAGCGCACGGUUACUGCGGCCUGCGAAAUGUCUACCAGCAGGAGCCGCAAAAGGACGAUGUCCAGCAGAGCUUCUUCCUCGCCGAAACGCUUAAGUACCUGUACUUGCUGUUCUCGGACGACUCUGUGCUGCCGCUGGACGAGUGGGUGUUCAACACGGAGGCGCAUCCGCUGCCCAUCAAGGGGGCGAACGCCUUCUACCGCCAGGCGCCCGUGACGCUCCCGGCCUCGAAUGCCUCGUAAGCGGGCCAACGAUGGCCGCUAGUUGGCCUCCUGCUGCUGGCCAAGAUGCACCUUACUUAGCUCCCCCGGACAUCUGCAUACUUAUAUGUGCGAAGGACCUUUUUUGUGUCUUUGUUUCGUUUUAAUAGGGUUUUUUUUUUCGUUAGUAGGUAGCUUAGCGUAAUGCAAUGACAACUGCGUUGGCAAAACAAUUGUAAUCUCAGCCGAGGCGCACGAGAACCUUUCGAUGUAACAUAUUUAUAAAGCUUGCACAUACAUAUAUAUAUAUAAAGAUAUAUAUACACAUAUAUGUAGGAAACCAAACGGAUAUAUCGUAGUUUAGUUUUUAACUCUGCACAAGUUUCUCCCACAUACGAAUUUUUUUUUUGAAUCUUUUUUUUUAAGAAGUGUAAUAAUCCAGAUAUUGACAGAGGUGUGGGGAGAACGAUGAUGACGAAGGCGGUGACCUCAAUUUCCAUUAGCGAAACACUCUUGAUAUUAAAGAUAUAAUAAUAUAUUAUGGAUUACGGAUAUAUGUGUAAAUGUAAAACUCAGGUGUUCUAAAUAUGAUUUUCCUUGCAUUCACAAGGCACUUUCUCACUAACUAACCAGCAACCAGCUACGUAACUAUCUCUGAAGCAUUCUAUCAAGCAAUUCUCGAUCUACGACUAUACCUUUGACUAUAUCUCAUGUGAAGAGCAGAGAGAGCAGGUGGCAUUUCGAUAGAUAGUUGGAGCUACUCUGCUGACUUCCAAUUCGAAUCUUUGAUCACUUUGUUUUGUAAAUAAUUUCUCAACUUUCCUCGCAAAAUGAAGGCGGCAGAAAAUCGAAUUGAUAUUUAUACAAAUAUAUAAAUGCAUAUAUUCUUACACAUUGUUUACUUUGUAGUCUAAAUAUUUAAAUAUAAAUCUAAAUCUAAAACUAGAGUCUAGCUUACUUGAUGUAAUAAGAAGGAAUGAGAAGAAAUCAAGAGAAUUCGAAACAUCAAUGAAUGAAAUAUUUCAAUGUACGAAAAUCAAUUUAUAUUUGUAUUCGUAUUUGUAUUUAAUUAAAUCAAAUGAAUCGUAGGCAAUUGUUAAAAUAAAAUAAUUAUACAAUGGCACCCAGCUGAUCAGCAGUCGAUCGAUUGCGGUAGGAUUGUAAAGGAUUUUUUUAUAAUACAACAGCAACCGCUAACAGAAAACAUAAAAAAGAAAAACAACAAUAAUCAUAUUUAUAAUUCUAUUAGAAGUGUAAUCAAUAGUCCGUAAGGCAACACACAUCGCAUGAAGAAGGGAUAAACAUUAGAAAUUAUGCAAUUGUUUUUUUUUUAUUAUAAAACCUGCACAGCCCAUGGGCUGUGUAAAGUGAUUAAAUAACAGUAAACUUAAAUUAAUAACACCUAGAAGCUAAGGCAUAAAUGUGACAAGAAGAGAAUUUUUAAAGGAAAUUUUAACACAACAACUUAAAUAAUGAAAAACUUAUUUGAAACCAAUAAAGAGAACUUAAAUAACAAACAGAUUAAUAACCAUUCAAAGGAUUAACAAAGAGAACUAAGCAUUAACUUAGACUUUACACCAAAACACAUUUUUUUGUUUAGAUCAAAUUAGAGUUGAGGCAAAUACAAGUAUCCAGAUAUCCAGAAGCGUAUCUGAUGCUCUGGCGAUAUUAAAUGAAAACAAAAAGCAAAUGGAAAUGCAUAAAUUAUCCAUCAACUGCGGUUCCUGAGCUGCUGAAGAUGAAAAUUGUAUUUUGCCUAAAUAAUAAGUUUAAUAAAGAUCUAAUAUUUAACUUAAAAAUAUAAA